UUGUAUUAUCAUCUCUCCUAAAUUCAGCCCAAACUUCGCAUCAAUGGCUGUUUCUUUUUCUUUUUCUUUCUCUUCUCGUUCCUUAAUUUUGGGGUUCUCAUUUCUGUUUCUGUUAAUUUCACCCGCGCUGUCGCAGACUUGCAAGUCACAGAAGCUCACAAACAACAACGUGUACAGUCACUGCUUGGACCUCCCAACACUCGCUUCCUAUCUUCACUUCUCCUACGAUUCCACCAACAGAUCUCUAUCAGUAGCAUUCGUUGCGACUCCCUCCAAUUCCAACGGAUGGAUCGCGUGGGCCAUAAAUCCCACGGGCACAGGCAUGGCGGGUGCUCAGUCACUGGUCGCAUCCAAAGAUUCUACCGGCGCCGUUACCGUUAAGACGUAUAACAUAAGUAGUUACAGCUCUGUGGUCCCGGAGAAGCUGUCGUUUGAAGUGUGGGACACGAGCGCCGAUGAGUCAGGAGGGUUCAUGAGACUUUAUGGGAAAGUUAAGGUGCCGGAGGAGCUAGCCAAGGCAGGAAAGGUUAACCAGGUUUGGCAGAUGGGCCCUGGUGUUGGGGCUAAUGGUAUGCUGGAAAAACACGACUUUGCGCCUGCGAACCUGAACGCUAGGGCGACUCUUGAUUUGAGUGGAGCUCAGAGUACUGCUGGUAGUACUGGAACAGACUCCAGAACCAAGAAGAAAAAUAUUCAUGGGAUAUUGAACGCUGUGAGUUGGGGAAUUUUGUUUCCGCUUGGAGCAAUUAUUGCCAGGUAUGUGAGGACUUUUGAGUCUGCAGAUCCAGCAUGGUUUUAUCUACAUGCAUCCUGCCAAUCCUCUGCCUAUGUUAUUGGUGUUGCUGGCUGGGGAACUGGUCUCAAGCUUGGAAGUGAAUCAAAAGGGGUUACUUACUCCCACCACCGUAAUAUUGGAAUUGCCGUUUUCUGCCUUGCAACUGUUCAGAUUUUCGCGUUGUUCUUGAGACCAAAGAAGGACCACAAGUAUCGAUUUUACUGGAAUAUUUAUCACCACGGUGUUGGAUAUGCAAUACUGGUCCUUGGCAUCCUCAAUAUUUUUAAAGGUCUGGACAUCUUGAAUCCUGCAGAAAAGUGGAAAACAGCUUACAUCAUUGUGAUCGCAGUCUUGGGUGGGAUCGCUGUACUGUUGGAAGCGGUUACUUGGAUUGUCGUUAUCAAGAGAAAAUCUAACAAGUCGACGAAGCCAUAUGAUGGAUACAACAACGGGCAAGGCAGGCAACAGCCACUUGCUCCAUAGACAAACAAUGCGUGUGGGGCUUCAUGGAAGAUUUUGGUUUUAAUACCUCUUUAUGUUAUGAGGUUUAUCUAUUUCAGACCUUUCUCACAUAGUCUGUACAAUGAUUUGGUUUCUCCGGUAUUAUUGCUUAGGAUGUAAGUAUCAAUUGGGCAGUCUCUAUGUUAUAUUUUUGUUUGUGUCACUACAGUUAGGAAGGAUUCGAUUUUCGAGUAUGCUUGUGCAUUUUCGAAGAUUUAUUUAUUACUCUUUUUUUUAUCAUAUAUAUAUAUAUAUAUUGCAGAGAUCUUCUAUGCCUCA